AUGGCGCCUCUGGCUGUCAGAGUGCGAUGAGGCCGUGGAGACGAUUUCUGCUGUAUUUCGCGUCCGACAGCUAACAAAAAGAUGCCCGUUGACAUUAAUCGAUUGACGGAAGGUUGGCUGGAGCUAGAAAGCGAUCCAGGUCUGUUCACGCUACUCUUGGAAGACUUUGGCGUGAAGGGGGUCCAGGUGGAGGAGAUUUACGAUCUGCAGAAGUCGCUAGAGGGCCCGGUCUACGGCUUCAUCUUCCUGUUUCGAUGGAUCGAGGAACGGCGCUCCAGGCGAAAGGUCGUGGAGCAGGAUGAGAGCUUUGUCAAAGAUGAAGAAAUUGUUAACAACAUCUUCUUCGCGCAGCAGGUGGUCCCCAACAGUUGCGCCACUCAUGCGCUGCUCUCGGUUCUGUUGAAUUGUCCGAACAUCCACCUGGGUACAACUCUGUCGCGGCUAAAGAUGCACACAUCUGGUAUGUGUCCGGAGAAUAAGGGCUGGGCGAUCGGCAACACGCCAGAGCUGGCUUGUGCUCACAACUCGCACGCCAUGCCCCAGGCGAAGAGGCGGCAGGAUAAGAACACUGGCGUUUCUACAGGCAGAUUUACCGGCGAAGCCUUUCAUUUCGUGAGCUACGUGCCGAUAAACGGCAGACUAUUCGAGCUGGACGGCCUGAAACCCUAUCCUAUGGAUCAUGGGCCAUGGAAGGAGCACGAGGAGUGGACGGAACAGUUCAGACGCGUCAUCACCGACCGUCUAGGCAUGGCGACCGGCGAGCAGCUGCAGGACAUUAGAUUCAAUCUGAUGGCAGUCGUGCCCGACAGACGUCUCGCUAUUUCGCACAAGUUAACGAUGUUGAAGACCAACCGACAGAUAGUCCUGGAGGCUCUGCAGCAACUGAUGAAACUGAGCCAUCAAGACGGCAGUAACACUGAGAAGAAUUCCCAUAAGGAGAUCGAUCCGGAUAAGGAGAAACGAGAGUAUGAAAAGAGGGCCAAGACCGAGGAUGAAAAUGGAUUGCCCCCUAAGACAGAAAUCGAAGAGUCGUCUUCCACAAUUCCGACUAUCAACGUUGAGAGAAAUAACGGAGAUUCGGCGGUGGUUAUCGAUGAAUCGGUCUCCGGCAUCGCAUCUGGGAAAACCGAAUCCACUGGAAUGGAGAAGGUGGUGAUGUGCGCUCUAGAUUACGCGACGCCGUUGCGAAUUCAAACGUCGCCGGCUCACAGUUCUUCGAGUACGGACACGUCGUCGGAAAUCGGAUCGGCCUUUAACUCGCCCACUCAAGCUUGGGGAUGGAAUUCCGGACAGAGCAGUCCCACGUCAACGAAGGAUUUCAAGAAGUUCGUGGUAAUCAGAGUUGCUGGCGACGAGAAGAACGAGGCGGGUCUUAGCCGUUCUCUGGGAAAUAUUAAUAUAAACGGGAAAAGAUUGGUUUCCGACAGCGGUCACUUGCACAAGAAGGUUUGUUUGUCGGGCGAGGUCAGAAUCCCUCACGCAAGAGUAAAGACCAGCAACGGCGAUACGGUCACGGAGGAGAAGAAGGUCGAAAAAAUCGAUCCCAAGCUGUGCUCCAAGUAUCCGGAAUUGUUCGAACCACACACGUUCGCACCCAAGGAUCUCCUGGCGUUGCUGAAGAAUUUGGAGCACGAGAUCAGCGUGUGCGAGACCAGCCUGAAGGACGAGAACGAUAAAAGAAACAAGUACAAGAUUGACGAUUGCCGGAGAACGCAUAAUUACGAUGAAUUUAUUUGCACCUUCCUCUCGAUGCUCGCCCAGCAAGGGAAACUGGCGGAAUUGGUCCAGCAACAUCUAACAUUAAAGAAACAUUCUUCUGUCUCGGUGAAUAGAGUUCACAGGUCAUCAAAGAAGUCAGACACUCGUCAAAAUUCGUCACGCAGACGUCGUGGUAGAACAAAAUGUAAAAAACGAAAGUAAUCUGUAACUAAUGUAAAUUUUAACCUUAGGACAUCAUUCCGUCGAUUCGGAACUAUUUGGAUUGUUUAUAAUGAGCAUAUACGAAACACAUAUGAAAA